AUGGACAGCAGCAGAAAGAAGAUAACAUUUAAGUGGCGACGAGCUGCAGUCACCUCACCCGCACAUGUUCAGAGAGGAGAUGCUGGCUCAGGCACGCCUUCUCCUUUGAACAUGUUGGCGAGUGAAGAUUCAAACGCUUCGCCCCUCAAUGACUCUGCAGGACCCGACGGCCUUGGAGCACUGAGUCUGGACACUCCCAAGAGAAAAGCAGAGGUGCUUCUGGGAAGUGUGCCCUCUUUUGGCAAAGUUAGGCUGAGAGAGCUUUCCAAGAAAAAUAAUGAAUAUUUCAUGCACUUAAAGGAAAAAGAUUUGGACAUCUCACCCAAACAGCUGGAAUCCACAGAGAGCCAACAAGUAUCGCCACCUCCGUCUCACUCUUUUAUCUUGAAAAAGAAAGAGAGGACACCCGAGGAGGGAUCAAAGGCUAUCUACAGGAUGGCGUUGAUUGCAGCCAUCGGCAACACAGAAGCAAGAUGCAGCACUAGUAAUACCCCCAACACUCACACAAACAGCCCAUCUUUGCCAUAUGUAUCAUCACCAGAGACAACUGAAGUGUCCAGCCCAAAGUCCCUUGACAGAAUGGUCAUGAACAUUAACUGUUCCUCAACCAAACCCGAGAAUAAAUCCAAGAACAACAGCACUGUCCACGAAGAUCAGUGGUCUUCCUUUCAUGUGUUUGAGGACACAGAAGCCCAAGAUGACCACUCCGAGCCAAAAACAGACAGAAGGAGAGUUGUGAUGGAAGGAGAAGAUUCACCCAAGGAGUUUGUUGCUCAGGAGUUUGUGUUUGUGGAGACAACCUCUCAAGGUUCUCAAGACAAGUUAUUUGGAAAUAUACCAGAAGCUGAGGACUGUGACUUGUCCCUCCCUGCUCUGGAGUAUAUCCCAGAUUCUUUGUCUUGUUUCAAGGCUCAUCAGAGUGGAAGCCAACAAUGGCAAAGUCCUUCAGUGAAUACCCAGGGAGCUACAACUUCCUCUGUAACUUUUUUAUCCACAAAUGAAACGACCCUCCAGGCUGCUUCUGUGGACAUGGAGAUGUCAAGAGGAACACGGAGGAAAGUUUUUGUCUCAUUAAAGAAGCCCCGUCCACCAAACACGGGCCCUUCAAAGGCAUCAACAGCCGAGAACAUGAAGACCCAUUUGUUGGAUCCGUUUGCUCUCCCACUACUCUCAAAUACAGGAGUAUUGAACCAUUGCCUGAACUCCACAACCACACGCAGACACUCAGAUGGUGGCUCUUCCAUGCGUUACCCCCCGUACCCCUUUACACGUGGGAGCACUCAUAAACGAUUAUCCAUGGGGGCAGAACCUAUAUGGACCAGUUACCCCUACCUGGACAAUAGCGUUGGUUUCAUAGACACACACUGCCAUCUAGACAUGCUCUAUGGAAAACUUGGCUUCUGUGGGACAUUCAGCAGCUUUCAAAGGUUGUACCAAAGUAGCUUUCCUCCACAGUUCAGAGGCUGUAUUACCAACUUCUGCAACCCAGGGAUCAUGGUGAAGGAGGCCCUGUGGGAAGGUUUGCUGGAUGAGGACAUGGUAUGGGGGGCAUUUGGCUGCCACCCCCACUUUGCCAAAAACUACUCAAGUGUCCAUGAGCAAAGUAUACUGAUGGCCAUGCGGCAUCCAAAAGCUGUGGCAUUUGGUGAGAUGGGCCUGGACUACUCCCACAAAAACUCCACAGACGCCUCGAGGCAAAAAGAGGUGUUUGAGCGUCAGCUGCGUUUAGCUGUGGCCAUGCAGAAGCCUCUGGUGAUUCACUGUAGGGAUGCAGAUGAUGACCUGCUGCCAAUCAUGAAGAAGUGUAUUCCUAGAGAACACAAAAUUCACAGGCACUGUUUCACAAACAGUUAUCCAGUGAUUGAGCCGUUCCUGACAGAGUUCCCCAACAUGUACGUGGGCUUCACAGCCCUGAUCACCUAUUUGAGGGCCACUGAGGCCCGGGAUGCUGUCCGCCAGAUCCCCCUGAACCGCAUUGUGUUGGAGACAGACGCACCAUAUUUCCUGCCCAGACAGGUGAAUAAAGAUGUCUGCCGGUUUUCACAUCCUGGAAUGGGCAUCCAUACACUGCAGGAGCUGAGUCUGCUGAAGGGGGAAGACAUGGACACAGUUCUCACCACCAUUCGAAACAACACCACUCAGCUCUAUGGCAUAUAA